GUCCGACGCGCAUCUGGAUAAUCUAGACAGUGUGUGUGCUCUUUAUGUUUUUUCUAAUAAAUCAUGUAAAAAUGUGAAUUUACUUAGUGCAACCAAUGAUUUUAUACCGAAAAUACCACAGUGAUAUCAUAAUCAAAGACAAUUAGUGAAAAAUCAAAAUAUUUCUGUGUGAAAUUCGUAUUUAAAAAGUGCCCCAGAGUGGCAUGUAACAAAAAUCAUGUUUUAAGUGAACGGUGCAAAGAUAUAUGAAUAUAGGAGCUCCAUUGAAUACCAACAGCAAUGGUAUAGAAAGUGAUGGUCGUAUAUGUUUGUGUGCACCUAGCAAAAAAAUUGGAUUCGACUUUAAUAUUUCUUAUAAAAAUUCUUGAGAUCAUAAAAAUUCAUAUACACGGGACGACAGCAUAAAUAAAAACAAGGUCGUCCCAAUGACAAUGACAUCGAACGAAAAACGUAUGCUAGAACGGGAGGCGUUGCGUUCCGUUAUUCAGCAAUGGAAUGCAAAUCGUUUGGAUUUAUUCGAACUAUCUGAACCCGACGAGAAUCUACAAUUUCACGGGGUGAUGAGAUUCUAUUUCCAAGAUCAUGGUCAAAAAGUCGCAACGAAGUGCAUUCGUGUGGCUUCUGAUGCUACCGUGUCUGAUGUCAUAGAAACUCUAAUUGAAAAAUUCCGGCCCGAUAUGCGAAUGUUGUCUUUGCCUAGCUACGCUCUGUACGAAACACAUUCGAAUGGUGAAGAUCGUAAAUUGAAUCCGGACGAAAAGCCAUUGCUAGUCCAAUUGAAUUGGCACAUAGACGAUCGAGAAGGACGGUUCUUGUUGCGCGACACAAUGUUGAACAUAAAUGCGUUGGAAAAUCCGGACAUAAAUUUCAAACGAAAAUUGUCGAAACGCGAGAAAAAGGAGCAGAAAAAGAAGGAAAAAUUAGCAAAACUAAAUUCCAAUCCGGCCGCCGAUACAGAGAAUCAUGUUGCCGAAAAACUCUACAACGAAUUGCCGGAAACAUCGUUCACUCGGUCCAUAUCCAAUCCGGAAGCGGUUAUGCGACGACGGCGACAGCAAAUUCUGGAGAAGAAACUACAACAAUUUCGAUCGAGAGACGGUGGUCCCGACACUGGUGGAACGUUAAAGAUCUAUGGCGAAAGUUUGUGUCAAGAUGUACCUUACAAAACAUUGCUGUUAUCGAUUCGGGAUUGUGCUCAAGCGGUAGUUAGGGAAAUGUUAGCAAAAUACGGUCUGGAGAGUAGUCCACUCAAUUAUUGUUUAGUUCAGGUGAACAGUGACGGCACAGAAUACAUUUUAGAUGACGAUGAAUGCCCUCUAUCGAUACUAAUGAAUCAUCCGACAUCCAGAGGUUCCAUCAUGUUCCACGUCCGGAGACGCCCGGCUGAUUCACAGCCACGGCGACGAAAGAAAAAACCACUUGGCGUACAGAACGGCAGCAAUAACGUUACCGUCGAACGAGAAGGACCAAUGCUGGUGGAAAUAACACACAGUGGAGAUGGGGGCCGUCGCGUGAAAUUGACUGCCGAACCGGUGGAGGUCGGAUCAGCUAAUACGAAUCCACUACAACUAUUUGGACCAUCAAUUCAGCCACGUCACUGCUUGAUUUCAUUGCACGAGGGCGUGUGUACGGUUACUCCACUACAUGCCGAUGCAUUAACUUUUGUCAAUGGACAUCACAUACAGCAGCCAACAAUAUUGCAUAAUGGAUCGGUUGUAAUGUUCGGUCGAGUAGCAUCUUAUCGAUUUGUCGAUUCACAAUCGGAUGGCCGAUUCAAUUUAGCAUUGUCACAGUCGCAACUGGAUUCGGCCUGUCUGUACGAGAGCCGAACCGCAACAUCACCUUCAUGGCACGAAGAGGAUCGUUUUAUUAGUCCAGCCCAUAAUACUAUGGGCACAUCACAAGUCCAAAAGCCAAAUUAUUUAGAAUCUGAUACACGGUCGCUAUCAAUCGACGGAGCGGCCGAUCACGGAAAAUUCGGUUACACCACCACCGCCACCACAACCACCAACAAUAACAAUCAAUUUGCACAAUCGUCACUGGGACACCGUAAUAACAAUGAACCGACAACACAAUCUAAUGACACCAACAAUAAAAAUCUGAUUGUCGACGAUAAGCAAUCGGAAUAUGAACACGAUGCAAAUACUGAGACCGAAACGAAAUCGGUUUCGAGCCAAAAGUCUGAUGCAUCGAAUCCCGAAGCAAGCAGAACCAGCAAAAUGCAACCAACCGAAAUAAGCGGACAGGAGCCGAUUUUGCCAGCUGUCCUAGAAUUUCCAGAAACUUAUCAAGAUGCAUUCCUCUCACAAGUCAUUUCUGAACUUGACGUUAAUGUACCUAAUUUUAAAUUAGCUCCAGUCUACACACUCUACUUGUGUGCCAGAUAUCGAGCAUCUACCCACUACCGUCCAGAUUUACAACCAACUGAAAGAGCACAUAAAUUAACUAUUUUCUUACACAAUGUGGCCAACAUAAUUUAUAGCAUCGUUCAGGAACAGUACCAAGAUCCGAAAAUCCUGUCCUUUUGGAUGGCAAACAGUUCCGAGUUUUUGCAUUUCCUGAAAUCCGAUCGACACAUAUCAGCAUUUAGUGUUCAAGCUCAAGAAAUUUUAACCGAAACCGUACAAAAUGCUUUCCGAAACCUUGUCAAUUGUUUUCGUUCUGAAUUGUCGCAAACAUUGACGCAAUUUCUAACCGAACAUAUCGAUCAUGAUUCAGCGGCUGGAUUGGUCCUGACCGUCUUGGGAUCGGUUAUGGCACUGUUGAGACGUUGCCGAGUAAAUGCGGCUCUGACCAUUCAAUUAUUCUCGCAAUUGUUCCAUUACAUCAAUUGCAUUUGUUUUAACAAGAUCGUUACAAAUCCUCACAUGUGCAUCGAACAUUGGGGCAAAGUAAUUAGCGAAAGAUUGCGCAUCUUAGAAGUGUGGGCCUUGCGUCAAGGAUUAGAGCUAGCCGCUGAAUGUCACUUAUCAAAAAUCAACCAGUGUGCAGACUUUUUAAUGGCAUCCAAGUCCAAUGUGACUGAAGUGCAAAAUUUAGCAUGCCGAUGCUUUCGCCUGAAUUCAUUCCAAAUGGCCGCUUUAUUGUCUCAAGAGAAAAUUCCGAAAAAUCUGGUCGACACAGCUAUUCGCAUGGCAGAAUCAGUUGCCGACGAAUUGGCACGUGGUGAUGGUCGAGAGGUUACAUUAGAAGAAUCGACGGAGUUACCGUUAGCUUUACUGAUACCAGAAGACGGUUUCAGUUGUGAUGUAGUACGCGGCAUUCCACCAGGACUUGUUGAUUUUGUUAGUCCUUUACAAGCCGCUGGCAUGUGUCGAUUAGCAGCUCAACCAACGAGUAUUGGAUUGUGGACGGUAUACAUGCACCAAUAUAAUCAACGGUCAACUAGUGCCAUGUCAAGUAAACAUCCACAGCCAGAAAUCCAACAAAUAAAGUUGCAUAAAAACUCAAAUGGAAUGGGAUUGUCAAUUGUUGCAGCCAAAGGUGCUGGUCAGGAGCGUCUUGGAAUUUAUAUUAAAUCGGUAGUCCCUGGAGGAGCGGCUGACGCUGACGGCUAUCUACAAGCCGGCGAUCAGCUACUCAAAGUCGAUGGACAAAGUUUGAUUGGAAUCACUCAAGAGCGAGCCGCCGACUACUUAGUUCGUACGGGUCAAGUAGUGACUUUAGAGGUAGCAAAACAAGGAGCUAUUUACCAUGGAUUAGCAACGUUGCUCCAGCAACCGAGCCCAGUUAUUCAGCGAGGUAAUCGUCGUGUAUCUGAACGAGACAUGUCUCGAAUUGGUGCCGAUAUGAAACCCCCCUUGCCAAUGCAUGCACACCAAUUACCAAAUAGCAAAUCAACACCAGCACUUCAUCAUGUCGGCAACCAAAGCAUGGCUAGUAACAAAUCUCGAAGCAUUCAUAAUUUGACUGGAAAUGUGGAUCACAGUUUCUAUCAAAAUCUAAGUGCAUGUCGAGCUCAAAAUCAAAGUCAACCGAAUCUAGGAGAAAGAUCGCAAAUUGCAACUUCUCAGUCGACAAUAAAUUCACCCACAACUUCAACAUUAACAUCGAUGAACCAAACAACUCUAAACCGUCCAACUUCAGCCUAUUUCAGUAGCAAUAAUACGAGUAAUUUCAUGCCUUCUUCACAACAUCAACAACCAACACAGCAAAAUACGAUGCCUUAUAUAAUUUCCUCGCAACAACAAACUCAGCAACAGAUUUCGAAAGUGGAUUCUCUCCACCAACAACAGCAACAACAACAAGAUUUAGAUCAACAUCAACAACAACAACAACAACAAAACGGCCCCAUUAUACCGGGAAAUUUGUCCGGUCAAACAAUGAUGAUGAACAGUCGGCAGACGAAGGCGAAUUUCCAUCGCGACAACCAAUCGCGUAUGAACCAAAUAAUGGCUCCGUCUAUGCCAAACAUCGCCCAUUCCAGUUUUGCAUCGAACAUAUCUGCCAGUCAAAGUAUGCAGAAUGUGAACAUGAUCAAUCCGUACAAUCCAUUGGGCCAUUCCAAUUUGAUGCAACAGCAAAUAAAUGUGGCCACAUCGCAUCCACACAUCUAUCAACAAGAUUUCCAGCUCCAAUCGCAUCUGUUACAACAACAACAAUUGAACCAAGCCACUUUGAUGCGUGGCAAAUUAAACGAUAUGAAUGAAAUGCUGAAACGACGCAAUCAACGUCAACAGGAAAUGAUGCCAAUGCAUUCAUUGGAUGGCAGUGAGCAAAUUAGCCCGGUGAAACAACUGCCACCGACGGCACCAAAACCGCAAAACCUUCGACAAACACAAAUGUUCAAAGAGGAACUUUCACCACCAUUACCACCAACUGCAACUCAUCCGUUAUUCACACCGACAUCUAGUGCUGGCCAAAAUCCAGCUAUGAAUCAAAAUUUGAACGCAUUCGGUGCAGCUCCCCAACCUCAACCGCAAAAACAAUUUCACGGAUCAAAUCCGUGGGAACGGGAAGAGCGUGAAAAGGAGCAGCAACUUCGUCGAGAUCAGGUGCGCCAAUGGCGUGAUUUACAGAUCAGUGAAUUGAGUGGUCAACAGCACCGUACACACAGUGAAGACGAACAAUUGAAAGCUUUAGUCCUAGAACGUGAUUUUGAACGACGUGCUCAGGAGACGGACGAACAGGAUGACAACAAUUCCUUUGGAAAAGAUAAUAUCGUCGAAGUGGUUCGUUUGUCGCAGGGUGGUGGUGCUCAUCUACCAAUCACAACAACACUCACCACAAUGAAGCAGGCCGAUAUCAAGUCUAUUGUACCAAAUAACGAUAACAGCUCGGAAAUGAGCUCAUUCCCGAACUAUCCAGCCCAGCAUCAUGGCAACAUUCAACCAAAAAGCAUUUUAAAACAUAAUAGCAAUCGUAACGAGGAAGCAAACUCAAGCAGUCCAUCCUCACCAUCCAAACAAGCAAAAUCGACAAGCUUUGCAGCCGAUGAUCGACUGGUCAGCGAAAGUUCAAUUUCUCAUAUGGCUCGUGAUUUGUCGAACCUUAGCUUCAACAAUUACGAUUCCAAGGAUGUAAACGAUCAAUUUGACAUUAUAAGUCCACCGACACAACCGGCUCGUCAAAUAACACCACCUCCGCCGCCACCCGAACGUAAUUCAUCUUACGCCGUUAUGUCGCAGAAACAACAACAAACCAUUCGAAGCAGCCUCGGUGGACCGGUUCAGUCAUCGAUCGAGCCGCAAGCACACGUCACUCCACCAAUGCAACAAACAAAAAUUCUCAAUUACAUGAACACCAAACGAACGGUUGGUCCGUCAAUGACAUCGACUAGCAACAACAAUAACAACAACCAGCCGAAUAUGCCAGUUGGUUCGGUGACGCAAAUGUCUUUGUCGGCUAUGAUGGCCAAUCGCGACAACAAACGAGUAUCAUUCCAUGACGAUGACAACAAUUUCAUCGAAACGAAUCCAAUGAUACCGGAAGAAGCCGAAUUGGAUAUCAUCCGCGAUUCGAAUCGUUACAUACAAGAGUCAAUGGAUGCAAUGUCUCCGACAACUCCUGAAAGUGAGUUAUGGAAUUCGUCAAUGCAACCAACUCCGGGCGUGAUUGGAGCACAAGAAGUUUACAGAGAUCCACGGACAAGACGACUUCGCGAAAAGCAACAACAACAGCAACAACGUUCCGGCGAGGUUCCCGAAAAGCUAUCGUUCAAGGAAAAAAUGAAAAUGUUUGCCUUGGAAUCGGGUGAAAAUCAAACUCCCAAAGAUAAAUUGAAAAUUUCCAGAGCGCAGCGAGACAUUGAUGCUGUCCAUUGAAAACAGUAAAAUAGAAGACGGAAAGAGGAUGGCGCGCGUUUUUUGAAUUUGAUAGACAGAACGAAAGAAUUUUACGUUAAAUCAGAAACGUAUGACAAACAUUGUUAUUGCAUCAUUAAGUCCAUAGAGAUCAUUAUUAUUAAUAACCAUUUUGCAUUUCAUUUUUUUUUACUUUACUACCAAUUUAGGUUUCUCCCACAUGUAAUUUUAAACUUUUUACUUUUUUUUAAAAAACAAUUUUUUUUAACAAAGAAACACUUGUCAUCGAAUGUAAUUGAGAUUAAGUUAAACACAACAGGACUCUACGAAGAUUGUCAUAAAACGAUAACUGUUUUGAGAUAUGCCGCCGUACACAUUUCUUUAAUCCUUUUAAUUAUUAAGUUUGUCAAUUUUGCCAUAAUUUUUUUUAUGUUCAUUUACUCAACCUUUUCCGACACGAACUCACUUUUACGUAGCUCGACUAAUGUAGAGUUGCAUGUUAAAUUUUUGUUUGUUCAAUGACUCACAGAAAAAGUUAUACGAAAUUUAGCUCAGGAGAUUGAAGCAGAAUCUAUAGGCUAAAGGUGAGGAUUACAAAGCUUUGAAAAACUCAUAUUGAACCAGGACCUAGUUUUGGUAGAUUUGUUUAAAGUUACCGAAAUUUGCCUUGAGCUUUAAUUUCAAAUAAUUCGUCCAAAUAUUCUCCUUAAUAAUUCACUUCCUUCUGCCUGCUUACGGUUCUAUUUAAUUUCGAUUUUAUGUUUUCCAAUUCUAUUAGAAAUGUCGUAUCAAAAAUUGUAUUCUGUGAUGGGGCACCAACUUACUUCAUCUAGUUUUGCUUCGUUAUUUCACAGAAUUUGCAAAAAGUGUCCCGAUUUUCAUCGGAAAUUGUUGUUCCGUUUCUCAUCUUCACAAUCAAGCUCCAGCUUCAUUUCAUGACGUCCAAUUACUAUCGAUGAAAUUUUUACGAAAAAAGGCUUCAGUCGACUGAAACAUUCGUCAAUUUUAAUAUGCAACCGACCAAUUAGAUAUUCAGAAUGUGUGGUGAUGUAUGGGAGAUUUUGAAUGGCAUAUCGAGCGUCGUACUCGGGGCCUAUAACUUUUUUAAGUUCAAGUUACAAAUUCUUUGUAAUUUCCAUUUUUUUACAUUCUUUAGCAACUAACAGAGAACACACUAUUAACCUAUAGGGCUUGAUUGCACUUUGUGAAAACAGUGCUGUAUUAAAAUGCUGUUUUUAAUGUCUUUUUAACUAAUCGAAUUGUUGUUGUUUCGUAGUAAUUUAUAAACAAUUUUAAAGUUAUCACCUUAUCCCGCACGUUAUAAAAGCCUUAGCACCAGACACACUGACACAUUAUAUCACACACUUACCAAUUAAAUGCAAAAAAUUUGUGUUCUUGUCGCAUUACUAUCCAGAAACGAACUCUAUAACUGAGUUUAUUUCAGUAAAAUUUACAACAAAUACACACCGAUACGAAAGCUAAUUUUAUGCAGCGUUUCACAAAGAUAAGUACUCGGAAUCACGAGACACCGACAAUUUAUUGUUGCAUAUCCGAUCGGGUGUGUGAAAUAAUAACACCAGGUUCAGGUCCAGGUGUUGUAUACAAAGUGUUGAUCUCCUGAAGCUUAGCAUUUUUGUUUGUGGAGAUUCAAAGUGAAUGGAGUAACUGAUCAAAGUGAAUUACAAAAAUGUAAAGUACCUUUCAAGUAGUAUACAAUU